UGCAAAGGGAGCAGGGAGAAGUUUUGUGUUUAUUUUGGAGACUGGGAAUAGUGGAGGUAAGGGGGUGCGUGCGUACGUGAAUAGGGUGGGGUGAGGAGUCAUGUCAUCCGUAACGAAUGGCAGCAGUGGGAGUGCGCUACAUCUUUGGAGUUGAAAUUACGUUGAGAGUGCGAGAAUUCGGUGCCGGACGUGUGGCUCGUAUUGUGUUGUGUUUUCCUUUGUUUAAAUUUUGAUUUAUUAAAUGCCAAUCAAAAGAUACUAAUAUCACAAUGAAAAAAGGCUAUAAAGUUACCGAUGUGAAAAGAGAAAAGAAAAUAGGCAUCGCCGCCGAAAAUCUGGAAGAGUUGAUUGAGAAAUCCCGGAAAAAGUUGGGUUUCAAUGUCAGUUGCGCGGAUUGCCGACUGUUCGUGGCCGAAGAUGGCACGAUUGUGGAUGACGACGACUACCUGGAGUCUCUCCCUCCACAAACACUGUUCAUAUUGCUGAAGAACUCUGAGAAAAUGGUAACUGACUUUGAUUUCUUCUACAAUAUGAUCCGGUCCACCAAGAAAGACUACAUAGACACCGGGGAGGCCGCCAAGGAGUUCCUGAGCACCAACAUAAGGGAGAAAUUCAAAACGUUUCAGCGGUACAUUGCAGCCGCUGAUGAUGCUCGUACUAUGCUCAGUGAACGGACUCAGGACCCACAGUGGUUUGAAGGUUUAGAGCUAAACGAAAAAACUAAAGAGCAGUCAAUGUCGAAACGCGUCAAAGACCGAAUGAGGGGCUACUACUACAAAACCAAGACGGCUCUGCAGUCAUCUGAACUGUAUGUAAACUCUAAAAAUGGCAAAGGGAAGAAGCUCAUAGAACAGUUCCUUACAGACUUGCGUAAACUUCUUGAGAGUAACAAGUACAAUGAGACAUAUUUCAACCGAAAAGCCAAUAAGAAUGCUCGGCUUUGUGACGAAACGGGCCUUUUCCAAUGCGGAGGUCUUUGGAAUAAGAAUGACUGUAACUAUGAUGGACACGAAAUUAACCCUUACAGGAGCCGGGAGGAAAGGAUAAUCUUCCAGACAUGGAAUUUAGACCAUAAAGUCGAGCUAUCAAGGUCCAUUAUCCCGAAAAUAUUAGAAGCGAUCGAAUGUCUUUAUAAUGGUGACAUAAAAUGCAAUUUGUGCGAGAAAGAAUCCAAUUUGGGUCAUAUUGAAACUGAUAGGUAUUAUCUACAGAUAUUUACAAGGAAAAACUUGAAGCUUGUGCAUAUUGUGUGCCACUAUAAAGGAAAACACGAUGCUGAGUCAGAUGUUUAUACUGUGUGCAAAAAGUGCUUUCGCAGUCAAAGUAUUGAUUAUAAUUAAAAAAAAUGGUCUCAUUGUGCUCCUACAAGUCUCUUAGAAUCAUCAUUUUAUUAAAUAAUUCAGACUACAACAGCCAUAUUCAAUCCUCUUUUUUAUUUUGGGGUUGACUAACCUUAUCAUUGAUUUUAAAUAUAAUAUACAUUAAACCAAAACCAAGGUAAAUUUUCCCUUCAGGCGGCUGUCCCAAUAAGUAAUGUACCAACAAUUUAUACAACUUGAGACACAGCCCCCGUAGUAUGACACGCACACCGUUUUAUCGCGCGAAAAGCUAUCACUAUCCCGUUUCACGCUAUAAUAAAAAGCGAAAGAGCGAUAGUUUUUCGCGGGAGCUUAUCAUUGGAUUGCAAUACGGAAUUCAGUUAGAGAUGUAGGAGUGCAGAAGACCAAUAUAAAAAGUUUAUUCCACUUCUGGUACUUAACCCAAAAAUGUACCGGUACCAAUUAUUCCAUAGCUACGUUCCGUUAAUACUCAAAUGCAAAUUAAGUGAAUAAGCCAAGCACAUUUACUUUUUAAGUAAAAUGCAUAGUGUAAAGGGAAUAUAAACUAUUUAUCAAAGUUGCUAUAUAUUUACAUACUAUAUUUUGCAGCGAUUUACCUGCUAUCGUAGAAAUAAACACCUGUGAUAGGAAUUAAAUGUAAGAAACUUAUAUUCUUUAAAUGGUAUCAAAAUAUCUUUAUUUACUAUGUUAUACGAAAAAAUAUAUACUGUAAAAUUUUUCUACUUGUAUUUUGUUGUACAAUCUACCACAUGUUAAGUGACCCUGCGUAGAUCUCUAUAUCGUCGUCAUUGAUGCCAAAAUGCAAUAAAGCUGGGUAGAUUAAUGUGCCGUCGUUUGUACAUUGUAUAUCUUGGUUAAAAUUUAUAAUGGAAUCAUCUAAAGACCGCAAAUGUACUAUGCGGUCGUUUAUUUAACUUUUAUUAAGUAUAUUUACUAUUGAAACUUUACUAUUAAUAUAAAGAAUUGGUUUAUAAAUAUCAUGUAGCCUUUUAAGGUAGUGAUUAGACAUAAACUGUUGACAAUGUUAAAUAGAUGAAACAAUUUUUCUAUUCCUUGAUUAUACUCCUUCCCUUCAAGAUAUGUGUAAACAAUUUCCACCUCAUAUAGAUAGCGUUAAAUUAUCUGACAAAAACAUGAGCUUAAUACUUUAAUGGGAUGGUCUUUAAGGCAGUGGCGGGAAAAAGAUUGCCGCCCACCAUAAUGAUUUAAUAAAAAGUACCAAAGACUUUUCUUUUGUUUGUUAAUUGUACCUGUUCUAAAAAUAACUGCAUAAAGUAUUAAUAAUUAUCCUGUGAGAAGAAAUAUUCUUCUUAAUGAGGUGAAUAUUUAUGGCCAUAAAACUGAACUGAUAACAUCAAAAAUACAUAUUCGCGUAAUUUUGUUAUUCUAGUUAAAAUCUGUAGCUAUUUUUAAUAUUUAAAUCACGGUUCUCUCUAUAAUCGAUGAUUGAGAAACAUAAGCACAUGGAAUUGAAUUGAAUAUUUUGUUACAAUAUUGAACUAUCUGUAUGAGGUGAACGUGAAUUUACGCAUUUGUUUACAAGUAGUCAAUUGAUGUAUGAUUAUUUUUUAAUUAAUAAAUGGAAAUGAAAUAUUUUAUUAUAUUGAAGAUGGUUGUGUUUAAAAAAAUCGGUCUUGAAAAGGGGACGGAGAAAACCUAAGCAACCAUUUUGUGAAAAAAAUUGCGUGCCAAAUUUAUUAUUUAAGUACUUAAAUUUUAUAUAUGCCAAUUAGUCUAAUGUUAAAAAAGUUAUUGUGAUCUGUCCCCUUUAGUUACAGUGACGGACGAGCAAAGAAACCAAUGACCUCUUUCUUGAAUAAGUUUUAUAUUUCAGUUACUAAAUAAACAUAUAAGAAAAUGUAUAGUCAAAGAAUUUGAGCAGAGAAAACAUGUUUAGUGAGAAAAGAUUUUUGUUUUUCACGUAGAUAUCGCAAAAUUAAUAUUUUGACUUGGUCAGAUUUCUCUGUCUGUCACGGUACGGGUUAGAGUCAAAGUAAUGCCAAACCAAAAGACAGCCGCAUGAAAUAUCAAACCUCAAUUAUUAAUACAGGGUUAUUAGCUAGCCAUAUCCAAUAUCAACAACAAAAUAACAACGUCUGACACAUUGUCAGUUAAUAUAGUAAAAACUUUGCAUACUUUAUGAGUUGUAAUUUUUUGAAGUUCAUUAAUUCCUGCUAAAUUGAUUUCCAAAAUUUUUCUCAUAAAAUAUUCUUUGAAGUUAUAUUUUUGUUUAACAUUCUGCAAUCUAUUUAAUUUAUUGUGACAAAUGUGUGAGUGUGAUUGUUAUUUGUUGUGGCAGAAACUCGCCGACUGGGGCAACGUGCUGACGAUCGAAUUUCUAGAGCUGUAGUUGAGCCGUAGUUUCUGCGCUGUCCGCAACAUGGUUGCCACUUGGGGUAGAUAGGAAAUAAAUGGAAGACGAGAUCAUGGAAAGAAGUGGAUAUUUGAUACAGAUCGUUUCUUGUUACGCGUUGUCAUGUCAUUAUUCGGAGUAUAAUGCAAGCAAUGGCAUCCAAAGCAUUUAUGUUAUUAAUAAUAAAAUAGAAACGACUUAUUGGGAGACUACAGAUAUAACAGACCGUGUUAAUUAUUACAAACAUUAAUAUAUUCCCUAUAAACAAGUCUGGAUCUCCUUCUUUCUUUGAUCUAAUGUGAAGUGUGUCAUGUCCUCUUAUUGGUGAACGAAAAGUUUAUUUUUGUAAACAUAGUUCUUAUUAUUCAUAGUCAUUGUAACAUAUAAGGCAGAAUAAUAGAAAAAUAUAUAAUGCGGUUUCAAGUUCACCAAUUAGAGAUAGGCAUAGGGUUGGUACUAAUAAAAUAGAUUUUAUCGAAAAUUAUUUUCCAAGUAAUAUUUAUUUAAGCAUAAUUCCAAUGAAACUAUCAUUCUUUGGAGUCUGUUUACCAGUCAUCCGAAGAUUUCAUUCAUAAUUGAAAGAAAUUACCUCACGGUUUACACAUAAGGUCAAAAUUCGAUAAAAAAAAAUUAACACGAUAAAUAAAUAUUUCCUAAAUUCCAUAAUUAGCUUGUCCGCGGUUGUGAAGCACGACCUGUUACCUUUAUGAACAAAUAUCAGAAGUUCUAUUUUGUGACAAUUGUACCCAUUUAUAAGGUAGUUCUAGUUGUUAAAAAAGAUAGCAAUAGUAAAUGUAAGUAGUCCUAGUGGGUUAGCGUGAUGACACAUACAGCAUAAAAAGUAUAAUAUUUGGUCGUAUUGCGGUCACUUUUAUUUUAAAAUAUUUAAAAGUCCUGCGAAUCAUGUUAGACCAACAUAUAAUAAUAUGUGUUUGACUUUAUUUAUCCAUUUAUACUUUGUACUACCGCCCACCAUGGCGCUAUGUUAUGUUCAUGUUGUAUAAUAUAUCAUGUAGUCACACAUUGCUAAAUCGUGUACGUCACGCUAAUGUUUUAAUAGCAAUGUCAAUAAUGUAACCGUAGUUGCUUCCAAUACAGCUUUAGUGUCUGUAGUGGUGUUGUUCGUGUAGCUGCGAUUUAGGCGGUAGGCGUUCUAUACAGUAUUAUACCUUCUCCUUGAUAUAUAAUCGGCUUAAAGUUGGAAGUGAAAAAUGACUAUGAAAAAAAGAAACGUAAACAGGUGGUUCACAAUAGCUAUUUUUGUUAGUUUGUGACAUGAAAUGGUGAAUGUGUUAUUCGAUCUUAAUUCAAUAAUGACUAAAAUACAUUCAGAUAAUACCGAAUAGGUACUACAAUCUGUGCUUAACAAAAUUAUUAAUUGACUUGCCGAAUUUCAAUAUGUCACCAAUCCAAAAAGAUUUUUUCAUGCUGAAAUUGAUUUAAUCUCUUUUUAAUAACAAUGAUUUUGGCCAAACUGGCCGCCCACCACAACAACUAACUUAUUAGAAUUGCAUUUUAACAGAUUUUUUUUAUCAAUCCUCCGUAAAUGCAGCAGUAAAUACAAGGAAAGAAAUCGAUGGAUUUGAAACUGGAGCGACACUAGUUCAAUUUGAAAUUGUUAAUAAAUUAUAUUUUAAAUUUUA